CUUGUGUCAUCGACAGUCGGUAUAAUACGACAUGUGGGGCCUCGAAUCCCUCACCACGACCCUCGCGCUGCUCAACGCCUCCGCCCUGACGGAGCAGCUGACGGACGCCGGCGGCGCCACUUUUGCCUUUGCGCACAACUGGACCGAGGCCGGCGACGCCGCAGCCAGCCAGUGGGAGGCGGCGCAGGCCAUCAACUGGACCGAUACCGUGAGCGACUGGCAGCUCACCGCCAGCGACUGGGCGGCCUCCACCACGGGCGGCUUUGCGACGAACUUCACGGCCAACCAGACCGAAUGGGCGCAGUUCAUGGCGGAAUGCUACGGCGUCGAGGGAAGCAAGGCGGCAGCGGCGGCCGUUGCGGGAAACGCUGCCUGCGGCCUCCUCCCCAUCUCCUGCCCCUUCGUCGCCGCCUACAGCCUCUACCAGAACUACCAGGCGGCGGUGGCGCUCAGCAAGGAGGGUGUCGACGGGAUCGACCCAUGCUCGGAAGUGCGCAAGGCGUAUCCGACUGCAGACGCGCUGCUCGCCGCGCCUGCUGCAGCCGCGUCGCAGCCGGCUCGGGCCAGUGCUGCGCAGCUGCUGGCGAUCGUGGCGCUGCCGGUGCUCGCGAUCGGGCUGCUGCGCGACCACCGCAGACGUCUGCUCGCCCACUCAGGCGCGGCAGACUCAGAGAGCAGCCUGGUCUAAACCGCCGCGGCGGUCGCCCCCGCGUCGGCCGGCCGGCGGGUUGGACCGUUUCGCGGUACUCGCAGUCGUCGGGUGAGCCUUACACGGUUCGGUCUUGGCACAGUAUAUUACAAACGAGGAGUGAUUGGGCCCCGGGCAGCGGGGUCCGCAACCGGCCCAACGACCAAGCGCCGGCGACUCGCGCCGAGUGCGACGCGCGAGAGCGUCCAGCGUCGUCAGACGUCAGUCGAGUGGAGAGAGAGAGAGCAGAGAGGCCCCCGGGCAACAACGCGAACGAACAAGACUCUCUCCACGAGUGAGGCCUAAGGCGCAGCAGGCGGUGCGAGGCGCUGCCGCUGAGCCGCGCAGCGCGUGUUGUGCCGCGCCCGGCUGCGCCCUGCGCGCACAGUGCGCGCGUCUCGCACGUAUGCGGCGCGAUGGCAGAGCGAAUUUAACAAUUAUGUGGCGCGUGUGUGCGCGCGGUG